AUGGGAAAGGAUGUUGGAGGCAAUGGAUCCCAGAAUAAUGACAAAAGACAAUUUCUGCUGGAGCGACUGCUGGAUGCAGUGAAACAGUGCCAGAUUCGCUUUGGAGGGAGAAAGGAGAUCGCCUCGGAUUCUGACAGCAGGGUCACCUGUCUGUGUGCCCAGUUUGAAGCCGUCCUGCAGCAUGGCAUGAAGAGGAGUCGCGGGUUGGCCCUCACAGCAGCAGCACUCAAGCAGGCUGCGGGCUUCGCCAGCAAAACCGAGACAGAGCCCGUGUUCUGGUUCUAUGUGAAGGAGGUCCUCAACAGGCACGAGCUGCAGCGCUUCUACUCCCUGCGUCAUAUCACCUCAGACGUGGGCCGUGGCCGUGCCUGGCUGCGCUGCGCCCUCAACGAGCACUCCCUGGAGCGCUACCUGCACAUGCUGCUGGCCGACCGCUGCAGGCUCAGCACUUUUUAUGAAGACUCGUCUUUCGUGAUGGAUGAAGAAAGGUCCAGCAUGCUUCCUACCAUGGCAGCUGGUCUGAACUCCAUACUCUUUGCAAUUAACAUCGACAACAAGGAUUUAAAUGGGCAGAGUAAGUUUGCUCCCACUGUCUCGGACCUCUUAAAGGAGUCAACGCAAAAUAUGACCUCUUUGCUGAAGGAAUCCACGCAAGGAGUGAGCAGCCUUUUUAGGGAGAUCACAGCCUCUUCUGCAGUCUCCAUCCUCAUCAAGCCUGAGCAGGAGACUGAUCCCCUGCCUGUCGUGUCCAAGCAUGUUAGUGCCGAUACCAAAUGUAAAAAGGAACGAAAGAAGAAAAAGAAGGUAACCAACAUUAUCUCCUUCGAUGAUGAGGAAGAUGAGCAAAACUGUGGGGACGUUUUAAAAAAGAUACCUGGGGCAGGGGAGAGCUCGGAAGAGAACUCUGACCCCUCCUCUGUCAAUAUUAUGCCGGCCUUCGAAAGCCCCUUUGGGCCAAAUUCCAAUGGAAGUCAGAGCAGCAACUCAUGGAAAAUUGAUUCUCUGUCACUGAAUGGGGAGUUUGGGUACCAGAAGCUUGAUGUGAAAAGCAUCGAUGAUGAAGAUGUGGAUGAGAACGAAGAUGAUGUGUAUGGGAGCUCAGCGGGAAGGAAGCGCGUAGGCCACUCAGAGUUGCCCGAGAAGCCACCGGACGGGAACCCCUGCCUCUCCCAGAUGCACGGCUGGGCCCCGCUGCAGGUGCUGCACGGCGACUCUGACAUGCUCUUCCCUGUCAGCGGUGUGGGCUCCUACAGCCCCACAGAUGCCCCCCUUGGAAGCCUGGAGAACGGGACGGGACCAGAAGACCACGUUCUCCCAGAUCCUGGACUCCGGUACAGUGUGGAAACUAGAUCUCCAGGCCAAGGAAGUCCCCUGAGCAGCCUGCUUCCUUCUGCCUCAGUGCCAGAGUCGAUGACCAUCAGUGAACUGCGCCAAGCCAUCGUGGUCAUGAUGAACAGGAAGGAUGAGCUGGAAGAAGAGAACAGAUCACUGCGGAACCUGCUUGAUGGCGAGAUGGAGCACUCGGCCGCACUCCGGCAGGAGGUGGACGCCCUGAAGAGGAAGGUGGCUGAGCAGGAGGAGCGGCAUGCCACGAAGGUCCAGGCAUUGGCCAGAGAAAACGAGGUGCUCAAAGUCCAGCUGAAGAAAUAUGUAGGAGCUGUCCAGAUGCUGAAAAGAGAAGGUCAAACAGCUGAAGCUCACAGUUUAUCAGCGAGAUCUGAAGAGCAUGGGUUCUGUUGGAUUCAGCUGCUGCUGAGAGAGGGCAGCUAUUCUGUUCUCUAUAAGAAAUAA